AUGGCUCCCUUCUUUCGGAACCGCUGCAAUGAGACUAGCGAAAGUUCGGGGACUGGGAUCAAGUCGAAUGCCUGCGACGAACGCCGCGCAGGCUUCGUUGCUAGUCAAGAUGUAGCUGCGCUACCACAAACCACGCAGACUGACCGGGACCUGGAGGCAGGGGCAUGCCCAAACCAUGCUCCCCCGGUUCCAACUAGCGCACAUCCGACUGCCGACUUGCCAUUGUCCAGCCCCCAGUUGGGUGACCAAACUGCAGAUCCUCCUACGACAGGCCCUAACCCUCCCAUGUUGUGUAGCUCAUACCCGGAAUUUUUGCCAGUUCCGCCGCGUUAUUUUAAACGAUCGGGAACAGUCCCCCGCGUGCACCAUGAUAUCAAGAUACCUCCGCUAUCUAUCAGGAUGACCGACGAUGCACCCGUUGGUUGGACAAGGUAUGAGCACCCUAAAGGCCCAACAUAUUUUCAUCAUGAAUCCAAGAAUAUUUUUACCAAUACCCUCCUUGGAACUUCUGCGAACCUUGACACCAUCUCGCGCUUCAUAACAUCAUUUGAAUCUUUCGUUUCGGAUAAUAGGAUCCAUCUUGACCCGUCCUCUGAACUAGUUUUCGCCUUAAGCGAGUCUGGAAAGAGUGCUGGACGUUGUGGCUACUACCUAGUCGACCACCAAAAUCGAACCGUCUUCUGGUUAGAUGAGUUCAAUGCAGCCUAUCUUCCGGAUUGGAGGGACGUACCCGGUGUGAUGGCGGAUGCUCAUAUACGUGGGCCAGACCCCAUCAUUGCUUGGUUUGUUGCUAACCUUGUCUGUCAGGACAUGAACUCGAGGCUCUGUACUGGUGAGAGAGCCUCAGGCAUUUUGGUUAGCAUCCUCCACGUAUUCAUUGUCACUAUACCAACUCCCACUCCAGCGUACCCUCAAUGUCUCUUACUCCUCGUUAGGCGUCACUGUGAGUUUUUCCCGCACACCAGAGAAGUAACGCAGGGCCUGGUGGAUGAACUGAGAGAUAUGAUCACACAUGCUCUUGGAGAUAUUUCCAACUACCCACUCUCUAUCAUUGAGGAUACCACCGACGAGCUGAAAACCAUGCUUGACAUCGUUGCAGCGGCAGAAACGCAAGUCAAGAAGCUAGCCCCUGCUUCAUUCGCUACUCUAACGCGCCAUCGGUUCAUCAAUUUUCACGGACAGCCUUCCGCUCGCUCGGCUUGUAGCCAAACUAUGUAUGAUGGUUCGACUGGGCGAUCUUACUUCAGUAUGCUGUCAUAUCUGCUGCACUUCGGCGGCCCUCAAGCCUAUCUCCGCGUGCUCGGUGGCGCAUACGUGGAUCGAAUGGUGAACGCAACACAUGUCAACCAAGUCGUCUCUCGGUUAACCGUUGAGUGGCAGGAUUUUAUCCUUAUCGCUACUGUGCUGCUCAACGCAAAUGUAGCGCUUUUGGCUAUCCAAAGUGUUGACAAUGGUAACAGUCAUGGUAUACGGUCCCCGAUCCAAAUCGCCAGCUACAUGUCUAUAGCCUCGAGCAUUGGUAGUAUCAUUGCUGGCCUGUUGCUCGUCAGGCAAAAUAGGUCGAAAGGCCCGGCAAGCCCUCUGAGAUUAUUGAGCAAUCAUUCUUUCAAUUUGCAACUCAUGGCCCUCACUUACAGCCUUCCAUGGAACUUCCUCAUGCUUUCGAUCCUUUCAUUCAUGCUUUCUUUCGGUAUCCUGUGUUUUUCUUCAGACCCUUUUACAUGUCUGAUCGUAGGAGCUCUGUGUUUCACUGUCGCGACUCUUCUUAUUUUUAAUGCUUGGUAUUGCCGAGAAACCGACAUCGCCCCCAAGAAGGAGACACCACCAAAUCCACCGAAAGCCCUCAACACGACAAGCGACUCGUAA